CCUGGAUGUAUAUUUCGUCAACAAUCAGCAUGCAAUGUAGAUGGAGUCAGAUACAGGGUCACUAAAAGACAUAAUUUUUUGAUCAUCUUUUCUCUCAAAAGGUUUCGAGUGGCUGUAUUAAAAGUUACUCCUUUCAGUAGUUAAACAAUUUAUCUUCGUUUGUUUUAGUUGAUUUUAAAUGUGGUGAAAGGUUCGAAUCUUCCAAAAUGGGUUCUGAGGAUAAUGUCAAGAACUUUGAGAAGAUUGCAGUGGACCCACUGGAACCUCUUGUUCUUCGUCCACCUGUUGGGUCGGAAGUUUAUGGAUCACCUCCAUCAAGACGUACUAGUCGUAGCCGUCCUUUCAUAUUGGGUUCAUUAUUCGUCUUGUUCACAUUGUUAAUGAUUGCUAGUGUAUUUCUGCUGCUAUACAUCCUUGGUUAUAGACCGUUAACUUCACUUAAUCAUAAAGCAAAUGCACACAGAUCAAUUUGUCGCAUUCGUAUUCCAUUUUUAAAAAUAGAUCCUGUAGAAUCUAUUACGACAGAUGAUAAUUUCCUCAAUGUUACACUAUCUGAAGUACCUUACUACAAUGUGAUUCGUAUUUUGCAUCUGUUCUCUGAGGGCUUGACAGUGAUUAGAACAAAUAAGCAUUGCUACAUUAGACCGUUGAGAGCUGAAUUAAGAGGAUCUGGAAUUGAAGAUUAUCUGCGUCGACUAAAUGAUGGAAAUGACUUAAAAGAUUCGGUGGAGGGUUAUCCUGUUACAGAGCCUUGGUAUAUAGAUAGAGAUCCAUAUAAUACUAUUCAUAAUUCAUUGAUUAUGUCAUGGUGUGCUGGUGUACCAGCCUUUCGUCUAGUCUCAACAAGACCUCCAAUAAGUGAAUAUAAAGGAGAUAUAAUGCCUGCUAUGCCAGAUGAAUCAAUGAAACCGGGCAAUCCAGAUCCAUUCGUAGGUGAUUAUGAUAACAGUGAUCAGGCAGAUAUUCUGCGUAUCCUUCUACCUGAUCGUGAAAAUAUUCGUCGAGUACGUAGUGUGGACUUGACCCCGGAGAUGUCAGAUAAAUCAAGAAAACUAACGAAAUCAGACAGUUCCAAAUGUGAAAUUGUAGAUGUUCUUCUAGAAGAUGCCACAAUCACAUCAACACGUGAUAAUCAUCCUGUGUCAGUACUACGUGAUGUAAUCAUGUCUUGUUCUUAAAUUCUAAUCAAGACAAAGAAGUCAUGCUCUAAGUUUUGGAAAUCAAUCUGCUUAUUACAUUUUUCUUGUUCUCUCUUCGUAUAACAUGAAUUGCUUAUCUUUUUGAUUUGGAAACUUACUCAUUUGAUGACAUUGACAUGAACACAGUUGAUUUUGAUUACUGAACUAUUGUAAUCAAUCAUGAAUUGCAUUUCUACUGGCGAUAAUAAUAAUAAUGAUGAUUGAUUUCUUGAAUACAUUAUUGGAUUGAUCAUUUAUUGUUUGUCGUUUAUAUUCGUAUAAUAAUAAUAAUCAUAUAUUCAUUAGUAACAUUAUUAUUGUUGUUUUUUUCGAUUAUACUACUUAUAAUGUUAUAAUAGUAGACAUACAUACCUACGUAUGAACAUUUGCAUUUCUAAUCAUUAUUAUUAUUAUCAUUUCUUUAAUGGUAUUUCUUAAUAAUCAUUCAUAUAUACACCUAAUCAUGGUAGUAAACAACGACGAUGAUUAUAUGAUUUAUUAAUAAAGUACAAUAAGAAUUCAAUCCAUAAUUGUGUAAUAAUUAACAUUCAAUAUAACAUUAUUCAUAGUAUAAUUAUGUAGAAUUUUCAUUUCGUAGUUAUUCGAAUUUCUAUCAUUAACAUUCAUUGGUGAAAGUUGU